AUGAAUACAUUUCUGAAAUAUGUAAGGCAUGCCCAAAUUUACAACAGCUAAGUUUUGAAAAUUGUGGGUUGCGCAUACUUAGCAAUGAAAAUCUGGAAGCGCUUUUAACCGAGUGUCCUAAUCUAAAAAGACUCACAAUAAGAGGUUCUAGGUAUAUAAGUCCAAAAACAUUUUUAAAAUUCCAGGACUGGCUCCCAGUUUGGGAACGAUAG